GAAUAACCGUUGGUAGUUUGGUCCCUCCAUUUCAGUCGUAGCUUACAUGGAGGAAAAACUUUCAUCUGACUAAGUCUUCACUUAAUUCAAGAUUAUCAUCCCAAAUGUCUCUUUCUCCUCUUUUUCCCCCCUUUUUUCUCCUUUUUUUCCCAAAUCUUGAAAUCUGAUUGACACUAUUGAAAGUUCGAAAAACAGAAUGAAGAUGGUCUCAAAAACCACAAUCUUUUACAUAAUCUUGUUUUCUGUCACUAUUAAGGCACAAGAUUAUGAUGGUAAUUCACCACCUGCACCUCCCCCUGCAGAAAAUGACUGCAAUGGAAUUUUCUUAUCCUAUGUAUUCAUCUCUAGAACCAAAGAGCUUCCCCAUUUAAAGAAUGCAAGUGCACAGGCCUGGGCCUUUAAGGCUAUGGCAACAGUACUUAAUGCUGGUAUAUAUGAGCUCAAGAACUGGAAAAUCUUCAUCGGGUUUCAAAAUCGCGAGCUUUUAGUCUCAGCUAGUAAUGCUGUGUUAGUAAAUGGUGAUGAUUUCCCAGCUCCUGUUGGAAAUGGAACUUACUUAGCUGGCUAUCCUCAGACGGAUUUGAAAACGUCGAUUGACACUGCUGGUGAUUAUACACAAAUUCAAGCAGAGAUUGAGUUAACAGGUACUCAGUUUGGAAUCAGGCCACCGGGUUAUCCCAUGCCUAAAACUAUUAAGCUUGUCAAUGAUGGAUACAAAUGUCCAGCAGCAAUUCGAAAAUCAACGACAAUGCAUGUUUGCUGUGUAAAAGAUCCAAAAUUUAAGGCGAAGAAUUUCACAACCAAGUAUUUCCCACGCCAAAAUGGUGAUCUUUUGAUCUCUUAUGAUGUUAUGCAAGCCUAUCCGAAUAACUAUCAAGCACAAGUGACUAUACAAAAUAAUAAUCCUUUGGGACGCCUUGAUCAGUGGAACUUAACUUGGGAAUGGAUGCGAGGAGAAUUCAUCUACUCAAUGAGGGGUGCAUAUACUCGCAAAAAGGACUACUCGGAUUGUGUCUAUGGUGCUGCAGGACAGUACUAUCAAGACUUUGAUUUUUCCAAAGUACUGAACUGUGAAAAGAAGCCAACUAUAGCUGAUUUGCCUCCGGAUAGAGCUCAAGAUAAAGAUGUUGGGAUGUUACCAUUCUGCUGCAGAAAUGGUAGCAUCAUGCCGAGUGUAAUGAAUGAAACCAAUUCAAAGUCUGUUUUUCAGUUACAGGUAUAUAAGCUUCCACCAGAUUUGAAUCUAACAGCUCUUUACCCUCCUGAGAAAUGGAAAAUCAUCGGUGUUCUUAAUCCGGAUUAUAAAUGUGGACAAGCCUUAAGAGUAGAUGAAACACAAUUCUCGGAUCCUAGUGGACUUCAAGCUACUGUCACAGCUAUUGCAAGUUGGCAAGUAGUCUGCAAUAUCACCAAGCCAAAGGAAAGAGCGAACCGGUGCUGUGUUUCUUACACUGCCUAUUACAAUGAUUCUGUAAUUCCCUGCGGCACUUGUGCAUGUGGCUGUGAUAGUUCUGUUAAAUGCAAUCAAAAAGCACCAGCACUUCUCCUUCCCCCAGAAACAUUACUGGUUCCAUUCGCGAACAGAACAGAGAAAUCCGUGUACUGGGCUAAACUAAAGCACUAUCACGUGCCUAGGCCGUUACCUUGUGGCGACAACUGUGGGGUUAGCAUAAAUUGGCAUGUUGAUUCAAACUAUAAAACAGGAUGGACUGCUCGGGUUACUAUAUUCAACUGGGAAGAAAUCAAUUUCGUGGACUGGUUCGUUGGAGUCCAGUUCAAGAAAACUGGUUCUGGCUUUGCGCAAGCUUACUCUUUCAAUGGAACUUUACUUCGAAAUAUGAAUGACACAGUUUUCUUGACAGGACUACCUGGUUUAAAUUACUUGAUAGCAGAAACAGAUGGACAAAAACCUGGAGACCCUAGAGUACCUGGAAAACAACAAUCCAUCCUUAAAUUUGAGAAGAAACGUUUAGGAGUUAUUGAUAUAGUAAAUGGGGAUGGAUUUCCAACUAAGUUGCUAUUCAAUGGAGAAGAAUGUGCACUUCCUACGCAUCUCUUGACAGCGGAUGGAAGAAAACGGCGUGUAAAUUCUUGGCUAAUCGCCAUCAUAACGUUGUUAACCUUCUUGCUGAUGCUAAAAGACUUGCAAUGAUUGAAAGCUGAUCAUGGUUUUGGCUGUACAUUUGAAGGAAAGGGAAGGAGAUUCUCAAGUGAAACUUAGAACUGACAGUCUAUCUUUGGAAGUUUCCGUUUCUAACCUCACAUUAGUAUACCACCGUAUUCAAAUAUGAUAAAUGGAGUGAUAUUCUCAGUUUCAAGAACACAGGAAUCACGUAUUGCAGAGUGAUUCUUGAGGCUGCUGGAAAUUAAUGCUCACUGAAGGACUGCUAAAGUAAAAUGAAGAAAGAACUGGUACCCUUGUAUUUGUUCCUUUCUAGUCUCAAUUGUGUUCAGUGCUUGGAUUUUAAGGAUCAAAGCUUCUCCUAAAAGAGAGAGUUUUCAUGUAAGCUAAGCUCCAUUUAUCAUAUGCUUUUGUCCAGACUACGUGAGCAAGAUUUUCUAAUUUUAUGGCAAAGGUCAACUCCUUAUGUUUA